AACUUCCUGAAUGCAUUACUUUUUAAACGCCGCUAGUAACAAGAUGCAAAAUGGCUGAUGAAUUGUGUACAGUACUUUGUUUUUUGAUAGCCUUAUCGCAUUUCAUUCAAGGUCAAAGUGUUGAGUAUAUUUGUCCAGAGCAUGCUGGCGCUGUAGAUUAUACAAUACAUGACUUGUAUAACGAUGGUGUUCGGAUUCAAAACUCUUCCACCAUAUCGUUUCAAGUAAAGUGUGAGAAAAACGCUUACAUACUUCUUCAAGAACACCGAUAUGACUACAAGAACCUUGCCGUGGAGAUUGUACUUGGGACUACGGAAAACUUGGGAAUAUCAAUUUCAGAUAAACAGUCGAACGGUUAUACAUGGUGUUGGGAGCCUGGCAUAGUUUCAAAAUAUGAAUAUCGCUAUUUCUGGAUCAGUUGGGAAAACAAUGUUGUUCGUGUUGGGAGAGGUGACACGCCAAAUAUCAAACGCUUGCCGUGUUCGGAGAGGAUAGCAUAUGCAGUAAACUAUGUCAGCAUUGGGACGGCUAACCACACGAAAGGAUACUGGAAGUUUAAUAUCGGGACACCGAUUGCUAAAACAUCACCAACAACGAAAACAUUGCAUGCGUCGUCGACAACACAACUGAGCACAUAUAAAGCAGAGAACACAUCAUUGAAUACAAAUGAUUUAGGAAACGAUGAAGGGCAAUUGACAGCAGUUUAUGUUGCGGUUUCACUGACAGUUAUCGUCGCUGUACUCGUCGUAGCGGUCAUUCUGGUGUUGCGGAGGUAUCAAAGAAGUGAGAAAACGAAACCAGAACCGCAAGUUGUAUACUGUAACACUGGAAAUCAGUAUUCGGUUGUGAACAGGAAUCUGACCUGCGGGAUAGAAAAUCCAGCUUAUGACGAACUUAUCUUGGAAACAGAGACUUGGACACAUUGUAAAAACGGUGAAAUGCCAAUUUUAAAUGAUAAUAACUACACGGAAAGUAACUUAAUGGAAGAACAGACAGUACAACUGACGACUAGAGAAAACAAAUCUCUUCCUUUGCAAACUGAUCAUGAACCAGAUGAUAGACAUGUUUAUAAUCAUGUAGUAGAACAGAACGACCUUACACCAUUCUCCAGUGAAAUAACAUUGGAAGAAAUUUCAAAAGCUGAGGUAAAAGUUAAUGAAUAUUCGCAUGUUGCAUGCGUUACAGGUGAUGGCAACGGCGGUCGAACCAAUCUUAAUGAAGACAAUUUAGAUGAAGAGAGGCCGCAUACUAAGCCGGAGUCGGACAUUGGUGUAAACAACGUCGAUUCAAAGAAUAUGGAAGAAGAUACAACUACACUGUACGACCAUGCUUCUGCAGGUGGUAAAGGUCCAGCAUAUACUGUCAGUGACGAAUAUUCGCAUUUGAAUGAUGUUAAAGAUAAUAGGGGAGGUCAAAGUUCUGAGACGCCGUCUAUAGAAAAAGUAACUACCACUACAAAAAAGAACGAAUCAGACGGAUAUGAGAUUGUUGCGGCUUGUCACACUCCACAAUACUUUAUUCUAGAACCGGAGCCAGAUAAAUGGACUGCUAGAUGCAACAGUGGUCAUGAAUAAAGAGUAAUAAAUAAAAAUAUAUUGUGCAAAGAUAUGAAAAUAGACAUUAUGUAAAUAUUUGUACAGCGCUUUUCAACAUUUUCAGAUUUCUUAAUCGUACUUCUAUUAUGUCAUUCAUACAAGUAACCUAUGGACAAGAGUAAAUUUGCCGCUUUUAACAGUGUUUAAAUACAAACGAAAGCCGAAAAGUUAGACACGAUGGUAAUUGUUUCGAAAUUGUAAAUACUGUAACAUAAUCCUGUUACACUUCGUGCCUGUGAUCAAAUGAUACUUUCAAUUGACACUACUCCUUUUCAUUCUGGAAGACAAUAAUUGAUACACCAAAGGACAAUACUUAUGGUAGUUCUGUACUUUCAGAUCAUUUUUGAUUUUAAUGUUGAAUUUUGAUUAAAUUAUCUUGAUAUAAUUUAUAUGUAACUGCCAUUUAACACAUAAGUUGGGGUCAUGUGCUUGAUAGUUUGCUGACUGUUGUGAAAACAUGGACUUCUUUCAAGUUUUCAAAAUGUGUUUGUAGCAAAAUCGUAUUUCUGACGACAGUUUUUCAUACAGGAAAAACUCCUAGGAUAUAGAUUUUAUUGGAACUUCUCACGGUUUAAAAGUUAUCGAUUAUCAUAUGGUAAUAUAAAAUGUUUUGUUUGUUGGUGGUGUUACUUUCCGUUCCCAUUGCUAUGUGUGAGGUAAGGUACCCACAAUAUACUGGCUGGAGCUCCCAAAGAGCAUUUUUUUUCGCCACCGGCCGUCUCUGUGUGGUGUCCUACUGUGUUGUUUUACAUGCUUGUCUGAUUUUUUGUUGUCUAUGAGUAUACGUGCACGCGUGCGUUUGUAUGUAUGUGCAUAUUUGCGUGCGUGUGUGAGUAUUUGUUGGUGCGGGUCUAUAGUUAACCGUCUAGGAAGACUUCGUUUUCAUUCAUGCUUUUAUACCUGCCCCUCCACUGUCACCCAUUUGUCUAAUACAUGCCCAAUUUUUGCAUCUUGGAUAUAAUUGAAAUAUACUAUAUUUGGAUUCUUGCUGUAUCUUUCCAAUAUGUGGGCCUAUUUUGAGAUGUAUGGUUCUGACUGUGUUGAUUGUACUUCCCGCAAAUCUACCUAUUUUGUUUUUCUGGCAUGUGUGCUAAACGUUUAAAGACAAGGGACUUCAUAUGUGAAGCUUAUUGCAUGAAAAUACAUGACAUAACUGGAAUUGUUUCACGUGCAAACACAUUUUGCUAGUGGAAUGUUAGUAGCAUUGCUGACCUCAUCAGUUAAAAGAUAUUUAUUUUAGUUUAUUCUUUGACGCAACGUAGCCAUAAUUUCCAACUUAAAAAGUGAAGAACAACGUUAAUAUCUGUAAUAUAUAAAACAGUCAUCACAUUUACGUGUGUACAGACUCAAAUACAUACGCGCUGCAAUAACUACUUUGUGUAAUCCUGGUCAAACCUCUGUCAUGAUUUGAUACGACUGUGUAUACACAAACAUGUUAUUUUCCUUUUCUUUUUGAUAACUAGUACCUGCUUUUUGUGUUACAGUACAAAAUGAUAAAUGUGGCCUAUAAUACAAUAUUUAAUUCGUAGUCGGUUGUCUGCUGAUAACUCGUGUUAACUUAUCUCUCUAUUGUUUAUCUUGGAUAGCUUCCCUUGUUUGAAACAUUUUACAAAUAUAGAUCAAAACAUUUUUACUGAUAAGAGUCUUAAGUGGGUGACAAUUUAAUUGAAGCACAUGCUUUUUACUUGAUCGUAAAUUAUCUGUAAGUGUUUACAAAAAGUCAGGAAAAUAUAGAUAAACUGAAUUGUAACAUUUUAACUAUUUUAUUUUCCUGCUAGAAAUUGAUGACAUAAGAAACCUUUCGAAACGUCACAGCAAAACGGAUAUUUUGUAACAUAUUUACAAAAAGACCAGCAUGAACAACGACAAAAAAGCUAUUAGGUUUCAUAUUUAGACUAACAAGGUCAUGUCUCAUUAAGAGCUCGACUGUCAAAAUAACUGGUAUAGUCGUGAGACUGUCAGACUACGAAACUUGAUACCCCCGCUCCUCCAACAUUCGGAUGAGAGUCCCGUACGUAUAUGGGCGAUUAAUGUCUGACACGCUAAAGAACCAAGGAAGCUUCCCGAAUGUAUUAAGAUAAAUAGCUGUAGAAUGUAUCGAAUAACCAAUUGUCAGAGGUGUUUUAGCGCAGAGCGCAUGUUUCCACCAUCGGUUUCGAAAGCUCUUCAUACACAGAUUGAAAAAAAUGUUUGAAUGACAAAUAUCACGACCAUAAAAUAUUUUUUGUAGAUCACAAACAUAAUAUAUAUCUGGUAUCUAUCACCAACUGAAUUGACACUUCAGGUGUGUCUAAAUCCGUCUUGUGUAUUUAUUUUAUCUCAUCUGCUCAUUUGUCUUUAUUUUUCUGUUCUAUAUUUUUGAAAGAAAAACUAAAAUAAAACGAAACGGCAAUUUAGUAUUAUGUUUAUAUCUUUAUCUUAUUGUCUAAAUAAAAUGAAAUAACGUUUAACACGUGAACUUAUGUGAACUGUACAUUGUUGCUAUGACGUGUUUCGCCUGUUUUUAAAAUCAUUGAACAUUUUUAUUUUCCUAUUGAAAGGUCAGGUUGAUAUAUGUUGCGAAUUUAACGACGAUAGAGAUAAACAUAUUUGCAUUGAUUAUCUCUACGCAGGAUUCCUUUUUAUCUUUUGUUUUUUAAACUUCCUUACAUGCAAGUACGUUUUGGAAAUUUUGCUAUAACAAGUUGUACUCGUUAAAGAAAGAAAUACAACAAAAACAACAGUCAUGACAACACAUCAACAACAACAGAAGGAAAAACCACUGUAUCAUUAACAGAAGCCUUGAUGGCGUCAACAACUUCCAACUCGAGUUACCCAACUGACGUGGACGAGGACAGUAGAACUGCAAUCUACAUUUCAGUUCCAGUUUCGAUAAUCACGUCCAUACUACUAGCAUUGACUAUAUUCCUAGUAAUAAGGAAUAGAAGACAGAAAAGGCAAACUAUCGAAUCAGAUGCCAUAUAUAAUAGCGGAAACGAUACGCCAAGAAGAAACAGGCGUUCAGUUCCAGGAAUAGAAAAUCAGGCGUACUGUACUUAUACUUUAGAAAAUAGAAAUAAACCAAGAGGCGAUAAAGCCAUUCCUUGUAGUGACCAGUAUAGUACAACUACCUCGAGUAACAUUAUACCGCUGUCAUCUAAUAUAAAUAAUUAUAAAAACACCGAUUUACAAACGGAAGAUAUACCAGAAGAUGAAUAUGCUUAUAAUCAUUUAGUGAUUCCCACAAUAGGCUUAAACACAGCACCUUAUUCAUAUGUGACGAAUGGCCCAGACGGAUUUACAAUUGAUGAUGACAGUGCAUAUUCUGAUCUUGAAAGUCAAAAGAAAAAAUCUUAUAAUGAGGCAGGUGGAGUGGACAAUGGCAUUGACUCAAAGCAAGUUUUAAAUGCAAAAAGGUAUGAGAAUGCAUCUAGACAUUUUGAAGUUCAAAGUUCAGUUUACGACCACGCUGUAGCAGGAGGACCGGAUCCAGAUGUUAUUACAGCAGAUGAAUAUUACCAUCUAAAUGGAACAAAAGAACAUGAGAAGAGAAAUAACGCCCAAAGGCAUAGCUAUGUCAAUGUUACAAAGGAAAAUGAACAUGAAUUUAUACCAAGUAAGACAAACAAUACCGGCCACACUUAUGACCAUGUUAAAGCAGACGGACAAUACCCUAUGCCGAUAAAAACACGUGAAUAUGCGCAUUUGAAUCAGGAAAAAGGUAACGAAAAUAGCGCAGUUUCACCCGGACAUAGAUAUGUAAAUGUAACAAAGGACCAAGAUCCAUUAGCACGAGGAACUCGUGCCGACGGAUAUGAGGAAGCUGUUGGCCGUACUCCAGCGUACUUUGUGAUAGAACCGUAGCAAUACUGUGAUAUAUCAUUGUAUCUGAGUUUGUAUUUCUACAUGUUUUUAUAGGUCUAAUGAUAGAUAUGAUGAAACAACAGUGUUAUUAUCUUCUAAAUGAUAAAGUGUAUGUAAUAUGAUAGCAAUGUUCGAUGUUUUUAAAUUAAUCGAUCAUUUUAUACAUUUGUCAAAUUAAAGUUUAAUACAUCUUCUAUAUGAAACAGGAACUUGUUACUGCACAUACUUGUUUCUUCUGGAAAACUUAGCGCACCCCACCCCCUAAAAAACUAUAUUGAAUAUGGAUGAAAUAAAUUCGUGAAUUAACUGUAUCCGUGCACUUAAACUUCUGUUAUAUUAUGGAAUACACGAGACAUUUUUAAAUCUCUGCAUAUAGUUAAAUACACGUGUAGCAGAUCAUAAAUAUCAUGGUCUUACAAUCUAAGGGAGAAUAUAUUGUCAAAUGUUACCUGUGAUAUUAAAACAGAGUUAACGAACGUCUAAGGAACUGAAUUCUACGCUUCGUCUUUCUAUUUAAAUCAGGAUGCUUACUCAUAAUGAAUAUAUCAUUACAGAAACA